AUGCGCUUCGCCGACCGCCUCAACGCCCUGCGCGCGGCGGCACUGAUGACUAUUGUGGCGACCCGACUCGCGAAUGCUGCCGGUCAGAUCGACAUAAUGUGUUCAGAAACGCCGCAAGAAGCCACUCUCGCGAUAAACAGCAACUCCGCUUCGUAUAAGUGCUCGCGCGGUCAAGAGGACCAUACGAACUUGGACGGAGGCUUUUUUCAAGUCAGAAUAGGGGUGUCUAAGGUGACGCUGGAUCUGCAGUAUUCUCCCAUAACAUCUCUGAACUUCCUCGCCUUGAACGGGUCUCCCACGCUGAACUACACCGACUCGUUGAAUUUCGCGAACUGGGAUAAACUGACAAAUCUGGCAUUUGAAGGUGUGGAGUUUGCCCCAGCAACAGUCAAUUUAUCACUACCGAGCGCCAUCACUGAAAUCCACUUUAUUAACUCGAAGCUCUCGGAUCUCUCGCUGACAAAUGAGGCCCAGAGUCUAACUACAAUCGAUUUGGGCACUACUUCGGUGGAGAAUUUCCCAAAAAUCCUCUAUGAACGCCGUUGGACUAGCACUAUGGGGAACAUUACUGUGGACUUAUCGGGGAUCAACAAAACCACCAUGACUGAGGAACAAUUUAACAAUUUAAAAGCGAACCUGGAGACGCUCUCAACACAGGACUGGGCACAAAAUUAUCAGUGCACUAACCAAACCUCGGGCAGCUCAAAAAUGACGAUUCUAGAAUGCAACUCGCCGAGUUCGUCAGGGAGUGAAAGCCCUUCAUUGCAGAGCCACAACUCUACCCUCGGAAGCGGUUCCAGCAGCUCAAGCGGCUCAUCAGACGUGAGCGUAGGCGAUGAUAGUAGCAGCGGCAUUUCCACUGGAGCUCUCGUUGCGAUAAUUGUUGUGGUGGUCGUCAUCGUGGUGAUUCUCGCUGUCCUCAUUUUGCGAAUGCACUCUAAGCGCAAAGCCACUAACGCAAACGGUCACAAUAAUGACGCUACAGCGACGCUUAUGAGCAAGGGCGACGCUGCUGCGGCUGAGAAAGGAUCUUUUAUCUCGAACGAUGAAUUCCUGCGCAACUUCCGUUUGCCUCAGAGCGACGUAGCACUCGUGAAGUCUCAGGGUACAGGCCGGCUAUGGAUGGGCGAAUAUAACGGCAACAAGGUGAUGGUGAAGCGUGUAGAGUCCGAGGUGACGGACUCGUACGUGACGAAGGCUCUGAUGGCCCAGUCGCGAACAUUUGCCACUAUUUCACACCCUAACAUCACAAGUUUGGUGGGCGUCACAUGGCUGGCUGGCACAGAUUUUGCGGUUGUGACAGAGUAUAUGGACAAGGGCAAUUUGAAGACGGUGCUUUCGAACACGGACGUGGACUUGGAUAUGACGACCAAAUUAGAGAUGUGCUGUGACGUCGCAUUGGCUCUUGCCUAUUUGCACGAGACGGAGCAAAACCUGUGCGCCAAGCAGUUGUCUAGCCACAAGGUUCUCGUGAAUAAGGGUUUGACCUGCAAGCUCAGUCUGUUCGAGUGCGUACCAAGCUCAGCCAAGCUAGGAGGCCCAAGCAGUACAACCACCUAUUCCUAUGGCAUGGGCGAGGUGGCGUGGUUGCCACCAGAGAUUAUCACGCGAUCGUCGCCGAUGGACGCACGGAAGAACAACAUUUACGCGUUCGGCGUCUUGGUUAGUGAGAUUUUCACGCGAGUGUCACCGUACCAGUCGCUGGUCGAGGCAAUGGGCAACACAAUGUCAGACGUGGAGCUCGUACAGCGUGUCCGGCGCCAGGAUCCACUGAUACCUCACGAAAACCGGCAAGAAUUUCUUGCGACACCGCCAAGCGUGCGACGGAUGGUCGAGCAGUGCCUUUCAUAUGCACCUAUGAGCCGACCAACGGCAAAAGAACUCGUGCAAAUUUUGCACAACGCGAAGGAAGAGUUAGCGACGAACAGCAUCUGA